AUGGCUUUUGAAACAAUCCUGAACUUUGCGGCCGGUUACGCCACCUACGAUGAGGCCACCAAAACUGUCACUCCGCGCCCAGGUCCCGGUCGCAUCACGGUGAGCAAAGACCCUCAGGAGCCUUACUACUCGUUUGCAUGGGAGCCCCGCGACGGCUUUGAGCCACCAGAGACCGUUACAUCUCGCGAGCCACUCCUUUUGAUUCCUGGUGAUGCAGAAUGGGUCCACUGUCGCUCCAAGACCAAUGGCCGUGUGUUUGCACUCAAGUUCCAAAGCUCUGAUAAGCGCGAGUUUUUCUGGAUGCAGGCUCGCACUGAUGCCAAAGACAAGAACCCAGCUACACUAUCAUCGGAAGACAAACUGAUAUUAUCGACUUUUCAGAAGAUUCUGACCGAAGAUGAGGAGGAAGAAGAAGACGAAGAUGAGGACAUGGAGCAGGACGACGCAGGUGCUACUACCACUAGUUCUGCCACCGCAGACUCUUCAGGCGCCGCACCAACAUCGAAAUCAGAAGAUAGCAGCGAUCACAAUGCAACCUCAUCAUUUACUUCUGGACCCCAAUGGGAUUCAUUUGUCAAAUCUGUUGCCGAACAAGUUAAACAGCGAAGUGGUAAUUCCGAAGCUUCUUCCUCUUCUUCUGGGGACUUCCCAAUUCUUUCAAUUUCAAAUGCCUUUUCAACAAGUGAUUUUAUUUCAUACGUUGAAAAGGCUAAUGAAGAACAGCUCAAGCCUCUUUUUGACCAGAUGCCUGAGGAAAUUACCAAAACCAAGGAUGAACUGAUCCGUGUCAUUCGAUCCUCACAGUUUGCUCAGGGCGUGGAGUCACUUUCAGGAGUCUUGCGUCAAGGUGGUUUGGGACAAGUUCUUGCAAGUGAACUUGAUUUUCCUUAUCAAGGUGAAGGUGUUGUAGGCUAUCUCAAUGGUAUUUACCAGGGCGAAAAAGAAAAGAGUGAGAAGAAUGAGGAGUCUACCAAUAAGCAGGAUAAGGAUGGAGAUGAAUCUAUGGAAUAA